AUGGAUAGCGAUCUGAGAGACCUUACCAAGAAGGAGAGACAGAUUCGCAACUCCAUUAAAACAGUGUUUCAGUUCACGAUUGACUACAAACCUGAACUACAUAAAGAUGAGUUGGGAAUUCGUUUGCAAUUGCUAGAAGAGGCGUUCAGCGAGUUUAAAGAAGUGCGCCAGAAGAUCGAAGUGAUGAUGGAAGUGAUUGCGGAAGAAAGUGAUCCUCUAGAAGGUGAAACAGCGCAGGAUCAUGCUUCACGGCUGGAGGCUGAAGCAAAGCAGAAGGAGGCGGAGAAUUGUGCUGUGUACAGUAAGGUGGAGAAUCUGUAUUGCAAAAUUAAGGCCAGUCUACUUCGUUUGAUGCCCGAAAAGAAGGUUGAUCCAGCACCAGUUCCUGUUCCUGUUCUGUCUACCGUGAAGCUCCCGGAAAUUACACUUCCCAAGUUUUCCGGUAUGAUCCAUGACUGGAUUCCGUUCAGAGACUCAUUUCUUAGCGUGAUUCACAAGAACGAGACGAUCAGCGACAUGGACAAGUUCAAGUACUUAAGGUCGUCGCUGGCACCUGAGGCACUGCGGCACAUUGACAACAUUGAUGAAUCCGCUUUGAACUACACCGUGGCUUGGGAUGCGCUUGUGAGCCAGUUCCAGCAUAAGAAGCUCAUCGUCAAAGCACAUUUGGAUGCCAUUUUUGCUGUGGAACCCAUGAGACGUGAAAGCUUCGAGUCGCUCAACAAAUUGAUCUGUGAGUUCGACAACAACCUCCAAAUGUUGAAAAAGAUUGGUGAACAAACCGACGGCUGGAGCACUUUGCUCGUCUACAUGAUUUGCUUGAAACUCGAUACUGGAACUCUGAGACUUUGGGAAACCGAACACAACUCCAAAGAAGUCCCGAAGUAUACCGAUUUGAUGAAGUUCCUGAGGAAGCAGAGCGGUGUCCUACAAUCCCUUCCACAGACGAGCAAACCAAUCCAGAAUGAGUACCGGAAGCCGAAGCUGGGAGUUAGCCAUCCAACUCUAUCAGGUCGUUGUUGUUUUUGCUCUGAACCGUUUCACCAAGCUGUCUUCUGCAAGAAGUUCCAGAAAAUGAAGCUGUCGGAACGAUACGAUGCUGUGAAGCGGAACGGAUUGUGUUUCAACUGCUUAUCACAGGGUCAUCUAUCGCGCAGCUGUUCCAGAGGUUCCUGCCUGAAGUGUGGAAGGAGACACAACACGUUGCUGCAUCCGUCGUACGAGUCGGCGAACAGUGCUACAAAAUCCUCCGUUCCACCGACGGCAAGAAGAAACCCAAACGACCACCAAAAUCAACAAACGAGACCUCAAAACCUGAUCCCAGCUAGAACACACAACACAAACCAGACCGCACCACCCACAUUCACACCACAGUCGCAAAGUACACUCCCACAAUCCGCCACAGACCCAAAUGCACUUCCUCCCUCCACGAGCCAGAACACUGUGUCCCUACACUCCCAUGCACACUCGUCCAAACAACAAGUUUUGCUCUCGACUGCGAUCGUGCGAGUUAAAGAUCGGUUCGGGAACUACAAGCUCGCUCGUGCCCUGCUCGAUUCAUGUUCUCAAUACUGCUUUGUGACCUCCAAAUUUUGUCGAAAGCUGAAUCUCGAGGAAUUCCAGGAUUUUCUGGCCAUCCAAGGUAUUGGAAGUUCUGGAGGCGUGUCCAAGAAUGCAGUUUUGGCGACAGUCAGUCCUCGAACGUUCCUGAUCUCGGACUUUGAAGAAGACAUCCAGUUCAACGUUCUGCCCAGACUCACUGUGUCCUUACCAGCUGAAAGCUUCGACAUCAGUCGUUGGGAGAUUCCGGAGGACAUUGUGCUGGCAGAUCCGAACUUCCACGAGAACAACGAGAUCGAUAUGUUGAUUGGAGCGGAGUAUUUCCUGGACUUGCUGCAAGACGGGACAAUGAAACUGUGCGAUGGUGGUCCGACUCUCCAGAACACCGUGUUCGGUUGGAUUGUUGCUGGACGGAUCCCAGAAGAGCCCAACCGCGGUCCGCAAGCAGCAGUGUUUCUGUGUUCGCUAGUGGAAUUGAACGAUCAGCUCGCAAAAUUCUGGGAACUUGAAACCUGUCACGAGAAAAGUACCUACUCCGUUGAAGAGUUCUUGUGCGAGGAUAUUUAUCGGAAAACCACCAUCCGAGACGAGAGCGGACGCUAUGUUGUCACGCUAGCGAAGAAGACCGACGUGAUACAACAGCUGGGAGACACACGAAGCAGUGCAGUCAAGCGGUUCCUGAGCUUGGAACGACGGUUCGCUUUCAACCCGGAACUCAAGGCGAUGUACGCUGCGUUUAUCCAUGAGUAUCAGUCGCUGGGACACAUGGAGGAGCUGGAAGAUACGCAAACCGAGGUUCCUGCUUACUAUCUUCCACACCGCGCCGUCCUGAGACCGGAGAGUACAACCACGAAGCUGUGCGUCGUCUUCGACGCUUCCUGUCGGAGUACAACUGGAGUGUCGCUGAACGAUGGGUUGAUGGGUUGA